CCCUGGGUCCCUGUGCCAUUCAGGCGAGUCGCACACGAACUAAAGCUCCUCCUCUCUCCGUACCAGGAAUAGCGGGCUCCAAUCCUAAAUAACGAGCAGGGGUGGCAGAUUGAUGAGCGAUUUGAGCGCACGAUCGCCUCCUUCCCCCUCCCCACUAGAACCCUAUGCAAUGCAAUAUGCAAGUGUAGAAAGGAGCAGGAAGAGAAGAAUAGCAGAGUGCGUGUCCGUGUGAUCCUCCAUCGCUAGGUAACCUGCUGCCUGCCGGGGGACCUGCUGCCUGCCGGGCCGGGGGACCUGCUGCCUGCCUGCCGGGGGACCUGCUGCCUGCUUGCACUCAGCCCCUGCGGACACGCACUAUGGUGGCACCUGCCCACUUACAUCGCCACCUGGAUCACCAGGAGGAAUGCGGAGGAGUCGCCAGUCGCUUCAACAAUGAACACAUGAACUGACGCUGCCUGACAAUGAGCUGUCGCCGCUGAUCGCCCACUGUCCGUGCCAAGAGAGGAGCUGCAAUAGCAUGGAGCUGUAGAGUUGGGCGCUGGAGCAGCGAGUGGAUCAGCCGCAGCCCGGGCUCUAUCUGCGCAGUCUUCUUCCCGGGGCCCCAUGAGCAGAGGAGCCACCCUGCAGCGCAGGACCACCUACCAUAUAUCUCUUACUCUGGUCAAACUAGAGGCUGUAGGAGAAGAAAAGAAGGGAGAGACUCGGGAAGUCUAUCGGAGACAUGACACCCCGUCUCUCGGCAGCACCCCCGGUCUGGCCCAUUGCCUCUCUCUGGACAGGGAAUUCCCAGAUGCCUGGGUGUGGGGUGGGCCCGAUGCUGCUUCCAGGGUGAGAGAUCAGCCUAGUCCGGGAGCCGGUUCCGCAGCGGCCGGGGAUGGCUCUGCCGCAGGGACAAAGGUGAGAGGCAAGGUGAUCCGGAGCCAGACCCAAGCGCCUGUGCCCAGCAAGCCAACUUUCCCCGGCCAUGGGCAGACUGCUACACCCGGCACUGCUGUGCCUCGGCCGGUACCGAAAGGAGCCGCGGUUCCCACAUCUGGACCUAAAGGGAGCGGUACCUCCGGCUCUGCCAAGGGAACAUCCAGCCCCGCAGCCUGUGCCAUAGACUCCCGGGCACGUACCGCGGCCACUGAGGAACCUGGCAGCAAAGGCACUUUCAGAUCUGCCGCCCCGGUACCGGCGAGUAAAGAAGCCUCUCCCAGCAGUGGGACACCGGCACCGGGACCCAAGCCCAGCAAUGUAGCCUCAACUGCUCGUACAGCGCCUCAAUCUACUUCCAGCCGCCCCCCCAGUCAUGCAGCCCCGCCACCUCCUCACAAACACAAUGGCACCUCUGAUCCAGCUGCCUUGGCACUCACACCGUCACAUCCACCCUUGGCACCAACAGCAAAGGAUAGUGGCACUUCAUCGCCUGCAUCCUUGGCAUCUAUACCAAAGGACAGCAGUGCACCAGAUAUGGCAUCCCUGGCUCCUAACCUUACAUACAAUAAUACCCCAAGCCCUUCAGCCUCUAUACCUUUAGACAGCUGUGCACCAUGCCCUUCAGGCCCUAAUCUGUCAGCUAAGGAAAGUGUCAGUCCAGCUCCUACACCAAGUGCACCAGGACAAGCAGGUCCAGUUUCCAAAGCCAAGGACACUGACAUGUCUGGUCUUGCAGCCCCAGGUAAGGACACUGGGAGACCUGGUGCCACCUGUAGUCCUAUGACACCUGCAGCAUCAGCACCAAAAAUGAAGGAAAAGGACGCACCAAGACCUACAGCAACAGCAUCCAAAGUUAAGGAAAUUUGUACUGCAGAAAUGACACCUGUAACAGAAGCUGCUUCUGUAAGUUUUGUUCCAGCAGCUAAGGGCAGCUACACAUCAGCUACUGCAGCUCUGGUACCCACAUCAAAGGGCACUGGCUUAUCAAGUUCUGAAGGCUCUGUACCCACAUCAAAGAGCUAUGGCACAUCAAUACCUGCAACUCCAGUACCACCACCAUUACCUAUGGGCAAUGUCACAUUAAUUUCUGACCCUUCAGCACCCACACCAAAGGGCAAUAGCCAGUUUGUUCCUGCAGCUCCAACAACCACACCUAAGUGCGCUGGCCAAUCAUUUCCUGCAGCUCCAACACCUAAGGGCAGGGGACAAUCAAUUUCUGCAGCUCCAGCACCCACACCUAAGGUCAGUGGGACAUCAAUUUCUGCAGCUCCAACAUCCACUCUUAAGGGCAGCUCAUCAAUUUGUACUGCAACAACCAUACCCAAGGCCAGUGGUAUAUCAAGCCUUGGAACCUCGGUACCCACAUCUAAAGAAAGUAACACCUUAAAUUCUGCAGCACCAUCAAAGGACAGUGGCAAAUCAAGUCCUGCAGACCCAUCAACAAUUCUUCAGGACAAAGAUGUUUUACAUUCUGCUGACCAGGUACCUACAGCUGCUCCUAGUGAUAAAUCAAGUCCUGACGUCCCAACUCCAACCGCAGAAGAUAGUAAUAAAAAGAGUUCUGAACCCCAGUUAGCAGAGGAUAAGGUUAUCACUGCAACUAGUAAUUCAGGCCCAGUCAAAGACACUGGCACCUCCAGCACUGCCACAACAGUGCCAGCAGGACAGAGAGAGUUUACCUUUGGAACAGCUCGGGUGAUCCGAGGAUCCCUAAUCAGAAGACCAGCCUUGGAUACUGAUGUGUCGCGAGAUUUAGUCAGCAGUCCUACUGUUCCUGUACAAGGGGCCCGGAUAACAGAAGGAGUUAAUGCGGAGGCCCCAGCCAUUGAAGCUAGAGUCUCUUCACGAAGCUUCAAGGCUGUGAGAAUUCCAGCGGGUUCAACUGAGACUGGAACUGCAUCAAGGGCAAAUAGAGCCUCAGUCAAGGUAGAAAAGCCCAGUAAAGCAUCUGAGCCAGAGGACAAGCCAUGCCCAGUCAUGACCUCUGUUCCCCGGGUAACUGCUCCACCUAUCAGUGCUGCCAGAACAGCAGCCGCCCUGUUUUCUGCAUCUCGAUCAGGAGCCCCUCAUAAUGCAAGACCCAGUGAGGCAAAAAUAACUGCUAUCCGAACCGCAGCUCGCGGAGCCAGAGCAGUUUCUUCAGGGGCAUGUACUGAGGACCUUGCAGGAAGAAGAACACCAAACACAGGCUUAGGGGAAAGAGCUCAAACCGGAGAUGCAGGAACCUAUCCAGGGGCAAAAGCAUCUGUCAUGGGACCAAAAACAGCAACUGGGACAUCACCUGUAAAAGUUGCAAAAAUUGCACCCAGGCCCAUGAGCUCUUGUGCAGACCCUAUAAUCAUCACUGGAUUGCGAACAAAGGCCUCAACUGCUGUAAAAGCACCACUGUCUGGUACAGGUACAUACCCAGGGGCCAAAUCAUCUCUCUCCGGGUCAUUCACAUCCCUGGGAAGUAAAGCAUUGACUGAUAGCUCAGGAAUUGUGGCUCCAUCCGCAGAAGAAAAGUUUAGUCCAGGGUUAGUUUCACCACAUGUUGUCCGAACUCCAGUCCCCUCUGCCUUCUCCCUCCCAAUCAGGCCUGAGGACAUUUUGCCUGGGGGGGAGGAGGAGUUUACCCCCGAUAAUGAGGAUCCUGCUAAGAGUAAGCGCCAGGAGCGGCUGUUCCUAAGGCAGGAUGCCAUGUGGAUCAGCACAAGUGUUACUUCAGACUAUUUCUUACAGUCAUCCCCUGGACGGCCUGGUAGUGGUGGAAGCUCCCCUGGAGGGCACCGCCAGGAGCUUAGCCCAAAAUUCUUUUCAGGGCCUCGCUGUUCGUUUAGCUCCCCAGGCAGCCCACUGCUUACUGCUCCUUGUCAGCCAGGCACACCUUACAGGGAGGCUCCAAUCAAUGUGUCCCUUACAGUAAGCCAAGAGCAUGCUGGGGGAUCUUCAGAAAGUUGCCUUCUGAUUGAGCGUAGUGCCUCUUCAGGGGUGAGUUCAGUAGGAGUUCCUGAGGCAGGUGAGCUUGGUAAAGGACACCCUGCCCUACUUACCCCUGGUAAAGAAAAGGGCGGUAGAAUUCUGAAACUUAAAGCUUCUAAAAGCCAGGUAGAGAAACCAACAGAGCAACGAGAUAAACUUCAAAGCCAGAAGAGUUUCACUAACAGGCUUUCUUGGCCUGAAAAUGAGGGGGGUAAGAGCCGCUCUAAAUCCUCCACAAAGAGCAGCCCUAGAGUGGAGACACCCAAACUGUCUGGCAUGGCAGGCAAGAACCUAUUGUCCCCUGCCUCAUGUGACCCUAAGGGUUUUCGGAAGGGGAAAAGUAAGACUGUGGACAAUAGUGACUUGGACCCCACUGCAGAGGAUUUCAAAAAAAGCAGAGAGGGAAGCUCACCGACAGGGGACAAGGCCAGGGCCACAGCAGCCAGGGAUAGGAAAAUGCUUAAAUUCAUCAGUGGGAUCUUUGCCAAGAACACUGCAUCCGUGGCCUCAUCCGUUUCACCUAGUAGUUUAAGCCCAGGAGAUGAGAGGGAUAUACUUCACAAAUGUGUGAUGAACAGCCAGGAAUGGACCUUAAGUCGGACUGUGCCUGAAAUCAGAGUGGGAGUUUUGGGCAGUACUAAAAGUGCCAAGUCUGCUCUUGUGCAUCGGUUUGUGACCGGCUCCUAUCAACCCCUAGAAGCACCUGAAAGUGCUCAGUUCAAGAAAGAGAUCAGCGUGGAAGGGCAGAGCUACCUUCUGCUAAUUAGGGAAGAAGCCGGAGCUCCAGAUGCCAAGUUUGCCAAUUGGGUGGAUGCCGUCAUUUUUGUGUUCAGCCUGGAAAAUGAGGCAAGCUUUCAAGAUAUUUUCCAGUAUUAUGCUCUCCUGGCAAAUUAUCGCAAUGUUGCAGACCUCGCUAUGGCACUUGUUGGGACUCAAGAUAAAAUUAGUGCAAACAACAAGCGAGUGGUAGAGGACGUGCGGGCGAGAGCCCUCUGCAAUGAUAUCAAACGCUGUGUUUACUAUGAGACCUGUGCCACCUAUGGACUCAAUGUGGAUCGGGUGUUUAAUGAAGUUGCUCAGAAGAUGGUUGCAAUAAAGAGGCAGCAGCAACUCCUAUCAUGCAAGUCAUUACCAAGCUCUCCAAGUCACUCCUCUGGAUCCAUUGCAAUAUCAGUGCAGGCAAGUAAUGGAGGAACAACAAGUGAUUAUUCAUCGUCACUGCCUUCCACACCAAACAUCAGUCACAGAGAACUACGAAGUGAGGUGUCCAUUGGAGUCAGCACUCCGGUGUCCCUCCAUCGUGGCACUAAAAGGCGCACAAGCAUAUUUACAAACCGAAGGGGAAGUGAUUUGGAAAAGAGAAGUUUUGAUAGUCGUGCAGAUGGUGCUGGUGGGGGUCGGGCUCUACCAAUUAAACAGAGCUUCUUAAUGAAACGAAGCGGCAACUCUCUGAACAAAGAAUGGAAGAAGAAGUAUGUUACCCUGACAAGCAAUGGGGUCCUGCUCUACCAUCCAAGCAUUAAUGAUUACCUACACAGUACACAUGGGAAGGAGAUGGAUCUUUUACGAACUACAGUGAAGGUCCCUGGAAAGAGGCCUCCAAUAGCCAUGUCUGCCUGUGGCCCAUCCAAUAGCAUCAACGGCUUGUUAAAGGAUGUGGGCAGCUCUCCAGGGGGAGAUACAGCAAGUAACAAGGCGCAAUCAACAAAAAGCAAAUCCACUGGCGAUGUCAUUUCCAGCCCCACCAGCAACAAAGAUCCCCCCUCUUCCCCAAUGAGUGAUAAAAAGAAGAACAGAAGAAAAAAGAAUAUGACCCCUUCCAAGACAGAAGGGUCCGCUGGACAGGCAGAUGCCAAGCGCAAAAUGUGGAAGUUAAAAACAUUUGGUAGCUUGAGAAAUAUUUAUAAGACAGAAGAGAACUUCGAAUUCAUCAUUGUGUCUAGCACCGGGCAGACAUGGCAUUUUGAGACAAGCAGCUUUGAAGAAAGGGAUUCCUGGGUACAAGCCAUUGAGAGCCAGAUCCUCGCUAGCCUGCAGUGCUGCGAGAGCAGCAAAAAUAAGGCUCGAAUGGAUAGUCAGAGCGAAGCGGUCGCCAUCCAAGCCAUUCGGAAUGCUAAAGGGAAUUCAUUUUGUGUGGAUUGUGGUGCCCCGAAUCCCACCUGGGCCAGCUUGAAUCUGGGUGCCCUGAUCUGCAUUGAAUGUUCAGGAAUUCACAGAAACCUUGGCACCCAUUUAUCUCGGGUCCGAUCACUGGAUUUGGAUGACUGGCCCCUAGAGCUCACACUUGUUCUAACCUCUAUUGGUAAUGAAAUGGCCAACAGUAUAUGGGAGAUGACAACUCAUGGAAGAACCAAACCAGCACCUGAUUCCUCAAGGGAAGAGAGAGAAUCAUGGAUUAGAGCUAAGUAUGAGCAGCGAUUAUUUUUGGCCCCUUUGAAGAGUCCAGGGGUCCCCUUGGUGAAGCAGCUUUUUAAAGCUGUACAUGAGAAAAAUCUCGGCAAUGUACUUCUCCUCCUAGCCCACAGCAACAAGGAGCAAAUCAACGGAAUCACUGGAGACAGAGACAGACGCACUGCCCUUCAUGUGGCCUGUGAACUGGGGGAAGUUGUGACCACACAACUGCUUGUCUGGUAUGGCAUCGAUGUGAAGUCAAGAGACAGCAAUGGCCACACAGCCGUGUUUUAUGCUAAGAAAAGUAACAGCCAAGAGUGCGUGGACAUUCUGCUGCAACAUGGCUGUCCCAAUGAGUCCACAAGCGCCCUGUCCACUCCCAGUCUAAGAAGGAAAAGCAGCUCUGCCAGCAUCGUGAGGACUGAUUCCCGGACUGCCCUUGUGUAGCCAGCAAUGUCUUUUAAGAGGCAAAACACCCACUGACUUUGCUCCCAGAGACAGAGAGGCUUUUCUGGUUGCUGUUUCGUGCCAAUAUGUUCUAUGUCCGACUGAAAAAAAAAAUAAGCAAAAGUGUAAUUUUGAGUGUAUGUGUAGAUAAAAUGUGUAUAUUUUGGAAGAAAAGAAUUUGAAGAAAUGCCAGCCAUUUUAAUAUUUGCCCACUGUAAUAUUUUUUUCCUCGUUGCUAUAAUCCAGCGUUUGUAUUUAAUGCCUUAAUCCUUUCGAUAGCAAAGGAGCAGUUUUACACAGUAGUUCCCUUAUGGCAAGGUUAACAAUUGAUAAAGCAAUUUGCAAGAUUUCAGUAACUGCCAGAAACUGGAAAAAGUUUAGUAUACAGUGUAAAGGUGUGAUGGGCUAUAUUUAAGUUCAUAUUUAAUUAAAAUUAAUGCAGAGACCUCAAGCCAGUAGCCUUCCAGCUUUUGGUGAAGUGAAACCUCCAUCAUUGUUGACUGAUGAGGAUGGUGGCUUCAUUUCAGCAACAAGGAGGACUUUGCAGGUCUGGACUGGCAUUCAAAAUAGGCCCUUCAUUUCAAGUACACAGAGGCCCAAACAGCCCCUCACAGGCCCAAUAAAUACUGACUGUCUAUGGCAUCUUACAGUAGCCCCUCUGGCAUUUGCCUGAAUCCACAGAUAGCCAGUCCAGGCCUGGGGAUUUGCCUUAACGUGUGCAAAAAGGCUUUUGACUUCAUUUUAGUACAUGAUGGAGAAGCUGCAUUCAUGAAAUAGCACAUAUCAAAUAUAGAGCCUGGACUUAUCAAUUGUAUUAACCUGAUAAAAUAUCAUUUCCCCCAUGGGUCAUACAUAAUACUUAUAUGUACAUUGUACAGUGGCUUGAAGGAAAUAUUGUCUUGUAAACAUUUAAACUGAUGUUUUGGAAAUUGUAAUUGCAGGGUUCCGUGUGAGAAAACAUGACUCUAAUUGGUUACUAUUGGCCAUGGCACACUAACUAUCAACCAAUGCUAUUCAUCUCUUUGUGCUUUUUAUUUUGAAUGAAGGAAUUUGCAAAUGCUGAAAUGAGCUCCACGUGUUUCUGAUGGAUGGAGUUGACUGGGGGCCUGUGUUCCAUGGCAGCUUCCAAAACGCACCAGUAACUAUUUAUGGUUUGAAGAAAAUAAAAUGUGCUUAAUUAGUGAUGUUCCACUUGGUCUCUGAACUCAUGGAAACCCCUUUAAACAAGCGUUUUCUGCUUCAGUUGAUUCAGUAUUUUCUAUGAGUAUUGCUAUGUUUAUGAAUUGUUAGCAGGAUAAAGAUUGUACAAUAUUGUGAAUAAGCACUGUGUGCUUUUUUGUUUUUUGACUGUUAAAUAUACAGUCUGCUUCUCAUAGAUUUUCCUUUCCAGAAUUCCCUCUUGGAAGUAUAUAUAGCUCUAAUGUCUGUGGUUGAACUCGGCUGGGGGGGGCACUCGCUGUCACAGAUUAACAUUACUUUGACUUUAUCUUUUGGAGAUUUGUCAAGUGUAAUUAUGUGUAUUCAUUUUCAAACUCUAUUUUAAGAUGUUUAAACUCAGUGGGACCAUUUUGAGUAGGAAAACCUGUACUGCCUAUUCUUUCUAGUGAUACUAAGGGUAUUAUUGCCUUUUAGCAGCAAUGACCACUUGACUUACUGUUUGCUCACAGUAGGUAGGUUCCGUGUAUUUGAUUGGGAUUCUUUUGUAAAAAACAAACAUCCAGGUACAACACAGAGCUGAUUAUGUAACCCCUAGGAACAAGACAUUAGCUUUUGUCUAAAUGUAUCUUGAUAUAGGUGAGUUACCUGCAAUUAUAACCAUUAGAACUGAUGUAAAGCAGUGAUCUGACAGUUUAACCUGCAUAGUGCAAUACCCAUCUAUUCUGCACACGGGCCAAUGGGUGCCAUUACCCAACUUGCUUUUUCAUUUUGGCCCAUAAAAUGAUAUGCCAUUGUCAGUAAUAGUCAUCUGGAGGCCUUACACAUGGUAUUCCCCUCAAAAUCGGAAAAAUAAUCACAAAAGGGACAAAUUAACCAGGUCCUCAUUCCACUCCAACCACCUUAUGUUUCACCAUGACACUCCACUUAAACUCCACCCACUUUCCAGUCCUGCAAAAAAAGCCCAAGACCAUUGGACAAAUCGGUUUGCAGUAACAAAGUUGCAGUAAUAACUCAGCCCUUGGUUUGGCCAGAUAAGCUUUCAUUUCCAAAUAUCAGGCAUAAUGACAAAGCUUCAAUUUACUUAAAAAUAGGUUACAGGAAUAAAAUUAGUUUACCUUGAUUUUGAUUAAGUGGUUAAUAAAUAGGAUAGCAAUGGGAAAAAGGAAUGUUAUGAUGCCAUAAAUACAUUAUAUAUAGCAAGGCUUUCAUACCAUCAGUAUUUUUUUAUUUUAAGCCCCCACUUUCCUAAUCUAUAUGUUUAAAAUGUACCAGUCACCUGUUGUAUAUACAUAAAUAUCUGAGACAGCAAAAUAUGUUGGGAAUUUCAUCAUAAAUGUGUACUUUACACAUCAAAAUGAAUGACUUAUUUGUUACUAUGGCCAAAUGUAGUGCUUAUGUUAAUAAAUAGCCAAUUGAUGGAUACCUACACCAUCACAUACUCUGUGCUUGAUGUCAUACACGCAGAAUUCAUGGCACGCGUGCGUUAUCUGGGCCUGGCCAUUACCAGGUUAGAAGUCUGGACCAAGGGACCAAGCUGAGAUAUGCUGUAUCCUAAGGGGUUAAGCAAGCUCCAGGUCAAGCCAGCAAUCAAUCAGAAUCAAACUAGGAAGUCAGCAAACCGGAAGAUCAAGUAAAAACAGCAAUUCAGGCGCAUCCAGGAACUUCACGAACUCUAGAGAACUAAAUUAAUGUUGGCAAAAAUAUUUCUUGCAGGCUUAAUAUGUUGGUAAUGAAACUACUCCAGUCUGUACAGGAACAUGGGCACCGCUGCUUGGAGCAGCAACGAGGGCUCAGCCUGAAGGCAGUUAGGGUAAGAUCUAGGGCGAGUGUCUAGGUGCUCUUUUAUUUAGCUAAUUAAGGUGAGAUUUGGUGUGAAAAACAUUUGCUGUUCUAGAUACUUUUGAAAGUUCAGGUGAAAUACCAAUACUCCACUAUUCUCUAUACCAGUAAACAUUCAUAACUUAAGUGGGGCCCUGACCAAAGGAUGGACCUCCAAGGCAGAAAUGCUGACAAAACCGCUGGCGCUACAAGGCUGCGCAGUGUAUGGCAGAACAGUAUCAAUGUGGCUUAUUUUGAUUCUAUUUUAUCGCUACAUGACUAUUCCAACAAGGUUUUCUAUUUCUGUGCACUGUAACUGUGGAUGUGCAUAUGGCCACUACUAAGGCACGGACUAUCGCCCUUGCACACCCUCAAAAUGAAAAAAAAAUUAGAAUUUAAAAAAAAAAUGUUAAAGAAAAAAAUGUUGGUAAAAGACUAAGCAUCAUUGUAUUUUUAUAUGCAUUUGCUUCUCUGGCUUCUUCUUCACUUUCCAGUUGUACCUGUGACAUUGUAUAAACUGUGAUUGUGACUGAUUCCUUUAGCUCCUCCUCUUCUGCUCAAAAUGUUACCUUUAAACCCGCACUGUCUGUUAACUCUUUCAUUGAAAGAAAACAACUCAAGGCAGGCUACUUGUUUUAUAUGGGUAUUGGGGGGGCACUUGUCUAAAUAUAUUUAGUGGCACUGUAUGUUAGAAUUCCUAGUUGCACUCCGGGUUCUUUUGAAGGCUUAUUUAAACGACAAAACCACGAACCUUGUGCUGAAUUUGAGUUUCCAAAACUCAAAUGUUUGAGAUUUAUUAAGCACAAUAAAAACUGGAAAACUCAUGUAAAAUCAA